AUGCCCGCCGGCCCUCCCCGGCGCGGCCCGUGGCCUCCGUGGGCGGGCGGCCGCCGCACCACCGCCCCGCGCUGCACAGCGCCCGACGGCCUUCCCCGGCGCUGCCGCCGGCCUCCGCGGGCGGGCGGCCGCCGCACCCCAGCCCAGCGCCGCUGCCUCGCCGCGCCACGCCACACCCGCUGGCCCUCCCCUGCGCGGCCCCCGGCCUGCGUGGGUGGGCGGCCGCCGCUCCCGCGCCUCGCGCUGAGCCCACGUGCCCUUCCCGGCGCGGCCCUCGGCCUUUUUGGGCGGACGGCCGCCGCGCCCCCGCCCUGCUCCGCGCCGCGCCCGCGGGCCCUCCCUGGCGCGGCCCCCGGCCUCCGCGGGCGGGCGACCGCCGUGCUCCCGCCCCGUGCCCACCAGCCCUCCCUGGCGCGGCCCCCGGCCUCCGCUGGCCGCCCCGCGCCCACCAGCCCUCCCCGGCGCGGCCCCUGGCCUCCACCGCGCCCGCUUCGCAUUGAGCCCACGGGCCCUCCCCAGCGCGGCCCUCGGCCGCCCGCCCGCCGCGCCCCCGCCCCGCCCCACGCCCACCAGCCCUUCCCGGCGCGGCCCCCGACCCACGCCCACCGGCCCUUCCCAGCGCGGCCCCCGCCCUCCGCGGGCGGGCGGCCGCCGCGCCCCUGCCCCCCCCCGCGCCGCGCCCGCCGGCCCUCCCCGGCGUGGACCCCGGCCUCCGCGGUGUUCCCCGCUUCGUCCACUCUGCUUUCCCGGCUUAUCCACUCUUCUCGAGCCGUCGCGGCCGUUGGAUCGGAGCCGCCGGUUGCCGGGGAGAGAUCUGGACCGUCGGGCGAGAGAGCGGUUGGCGGGGAGGAGAAUGGGGGGGAUGUGCGUGUGAGCUAUGGCGCGAUCGGACGAGGAGAAGGAGGAAUUGCGGACGAGACAGUGACGGGUCGGGUGCGGGGAGAGGCAGGGGGGGAGGGGGCGACAGGGGGAGGGACAGCGAAAGAAGGGAAAUCAAGAGAGGGAAACCUUGUCAACACCGAGCAGAGUACUCGUGCCAGUGAGGUUGUAAUCGCUGCGGAGGGUGUUAGUAACGCGGAGGGUGUUAGUAACGCGGAGGGUGUUAGUAAUACGGAGGGUGUUAGUAACGUGGAGGGUGUUAGUAACGCGGAAGCCAAUAACGGGGACGAUUGUGGCGGUGACGCUGACGAGGACGACAUGAGCGGGUACAGCGUGGCAUCUGAGGAGGAUCUGCGCAACGUGAAGCAGAUCGCGGACGCGAUUCUCAGUGUUUCUGGGCCCGCCAGGGCUGACAGUGGCGGUGCCACCGCAACCACUGUGUUUCACCACAUGCCAGGGCUGACAGUGGCGAUGCCAUCGCAGGCGAACGCAGAUUAG